UCCUUCGUCCCACCUUCCUCCCGCGCUGGCGUUGCCAUUUCAGAGCAAGGAGGCGCGCGCACACGGUCUCCUCUCCUCGGCCUCACGCGCAGCCCAAGCCCGCCACGGGGUCACAUCACAUGGAUGGAUGUCUGCCUCGGCACGGCCGACUCCUUCAACUCCGCGUCCGUCGUCUUCCCUUUCGCUUCGCAUGAUUGAUGAUUGAAAUCUCCUCGCGCCCUUGCCCAACUACCCCUCCCACUAUUUCAUCUCCCGAUCCAAGAAACCGGCCACCGGAGCGAACCCCGAGAAACGACCUUGAUCCGUGAGGAAGCCAAUCAGCCAGGUGAUACAGAGCAGCGGGCGCCAGCGAUCCAGCUGAUCACCCAGGCGAGGCGAUACAGCAAAGCCAGCAGCCAUGAACAGCUUGUUCUCGAGCUCAUGGAAGCGCGGCGGGGGAGACGACGGGGACAUCGAGUCCGGCAGCGUGGAGAUGUCUGCGCCGCCGGGUGCCGCGGCGGGUGCGAGCCUGGACCGGUUCUUCGAGGACGUGGAGUCGAUCAAGGACGAGCUCCGUGACCUGGAGCGGAUCCAGCGCUCGCUCCACGACGGCAACGAGGCGGGCAAGUCUCUCCACGACGCGUCCGCGGUGCGCGACCUCCGCGCGCGGAUGGACGCGGACGUCUCCGCGGCGAUCAAGAAGGCGAAAGUGGUGAAGCUCCGUCUCGAGUCGCUGGACCGCGCCAACGCCGCCAACCGCUCGGUGCCCGGGUGCGGGCCCGGUUCCUCCACCGACCGCACCCGGACCUCCGUCGUGGCCGGGCUGCGCAAGAAGCUCCGCGACUCGAUGGAGUCCUUCUCGUCGCUGCGGUCCCGCGUGGCGUCCGAGUACAGGGACACGGUGGCGCGGCGGUACUUCACGGUGACGGGGACGCAGCCCGACGAGGCGACGCUGGACGCGCUGGCGGAGUCCGGGGAAGGGGAGCGGUUCCUGCAGCGCGCCAUCGCGGAGCAAGGGAGAGGGCAGGUGCUGGGCGUGGUGGCGGAGAUCCAGGAGCGGCACGGCGCCGUGGCGGAGCUGGAGCGGUCCCUGCUUGAGCUGCAGCAGGUGUUCAACGACAUGGCCGUGCUCGUGGCCGCGCAGGGGGAGCAGCUGGACGACAUCGAGGGGAACGUGGGGCGGGCAAGGUCGUUCGUCGAUCGCGGGCGCGAGCAGCUGCAGGUGGCGAGGAAGCACCAGAAGAGCACGCGCAAGUGGACCUGCAUCGCCAUCCUCAUCCUCCUCGUCAUCAUCCUCGUCAUCGUCCUCCCCAUCGUGCUCCAAAACACCAAGAAGAACUAGCCCGCCGCGCUGUGCUCUGCCUGCGUUUGUUCAUGCAUGGUGAUCACUGAUCAGGUUGCUGCCGUCUUGUGGUGGAUACGUAUACACCGGGAGAGAUGAUUAUCGUUGGGUUUUUCCACAACCCCAGAUUCGUUCUAGUUCUUUUUGUUCGUGGCCUUUGUAUGAUACGGUUAGUUGAUUGAUCUGGUCGACUUGAUUAUAGUUAUUUAUUACCGGUGGUUUUGUUUAUAACUGUUGACGCCCUUUUGCAUCAACAAUAACACAUAUGGAUUGGAGUCUGGAGCCGGCUCAUUUUCUUUUGC